AUGGGCGUGGCCAUGCGACGCGGGGCCCGCCCACGGGGCGUGGCCAAACACGGCGAGCACCGCUCCGGGCACGCAGCUGGCCUAAACUGUGUUGCGCCCCCUUGCGGACGGGAGGACCUGCGCUCCUGCUCCUGCUCCGGCCCCACCGGGACGAGACGGGACGGGACCGGGACCGGGACCGGGACCAGGCAGGGAGCGUGCCAGGCUCUGGAGCUGUUGGGGCGCUGCUUCCGGGUUGCGGGGGGCCGGCCCCGCCGCUCCCGGUGCUCCCGUCGCUUCCCUGAAACCCCGUCCCAGUUAAACCGGGGCUUCUUUCCUUUUAUCUUUGGCUUCGCCUCUUUACUGACUGCUUCCCUCGCGGCAGAGCAGAGCCGCAGCCUCAGAGGCUCCACACUCGCUUCGCAGCUCUGGGGUAACCAGCCCGCGUCUCAUGCACACACUUUCAUCCCCCUUAUCCCCCCAAAAAGAGAAAGAAAUAUUGUCUGUGUGAAAGCCAACCAUGUGGAGAACAUACUCUCAAAACAUAAACAAGUAGCCCAGUGCUAUGAGGAGUUCAUCUGUCGCUCCCCCCUGGACUCCUGCAUCCUCUUCCAUGAAGGAGGACACUGGCGGGAGCUUGUGGUUCGCACCACCAGCUGUGGCCACACCAUGGCCAUCAUCACCUUCCACCCCCAGGAGCUGGGCCAGGAGGCACUGGCUACUCAGAAAGCAUUGCUGAAGGAGUUCUUCAUGUGUGGGCCUGGAGCAGUCUGUGCCUUGACUUCACUUUAUUUCCAAGAGAGCACCAUGACACGCUGCUCCCACGAGCAGUCCCUCCAGCUCCUCCAUGGAGCACCGCACAUCUUUGAAGAACUGCUUGGCCUGAAGUUCCACAUCUCUCCAGAUGCCUUUUUCCAGGUCAACACGGCUGGAGCAGAAGUUCUGUACCAGGCAGUCGGGGAGCUCUGCCAGGCUACUGGGAACACCGUCCUCCUUGACAUCUGCUGGGGAACAGGUACAAUUGCUCUCUCUCUGGCUCACCGAGUGUCCAAGGUUAUUGGUGUUGAGGUGGUGGAGAAGGCAAUAGAGGAUGCUGAGUGGAAUGCAGCAUUCAAUGGUGAGAUCUCAAACUGCGAGUUUCACAGUGGAAAGGCAGAGGCUGUGUUGCCACAACUCCUGGGAUCGUGGGAGGAUGCCCAAACGCUUGUUGCUGUGGUGAACCCCUCUCGGUCUGGCCUACAUGACAGGGUUGUACGAGCCAUCCAGAACUGCAGGUCCAUCUGCAGGCUGCUCUACAUCUCCCGCAAGCCAGAGGGCGAAGCCAUGAGGAACUUCCUCGAGCUGUGCUGCCCACCUGACCCACGGAAGAAGCUGGCAGGGGAACCAUUUGCCCCCGUGUUGGCUGUUCCUUUUGACAUGUUUCCUCACACUGUGCAUUGUGAGCUGGUGCUGCUGUUCACCCGCUGACAAGGAGGCGAGUAUGAGCUCUGAGAGCCUGGGAAGCAACCUCCCGCUGUCCUGAAGAGCCAGUGUAGUUAGGAUUUUAACUUAUUUCCUGGAAAGUUGUAUAAAAAUAAAAAAAUUUGGUUUUUCUCUUACUUUGGGUUGCCUAGCAACACUGUUCUGUAAAGAACUACUUGGAUUUCUGGGGUGAAAAGGUUCUCUGUAGCAUUUCAUCACCCUUCCUUCCCCUGCAAACCUUGGGCUGCUGGUUAAAGCAGCCUGGAAAAUACUCUCCCUGUGUUGAGGAAUAUGCUCAGGGCCAGUAGCUCGGUGUUCCAGCUGCAAAUUGUGCCCUGGAUAGUGGGAAAUCGCUGGAGCCCCAGGCAAGGAGCCGUGAAUGGGCGCUGACCUUGUGCCUAACAAAGGACACGGGACUUCAGCGCUGGCUGGGGGUGGGUGCCUUCUGCACAAACCAAUGAACAGUGAGAAGACACCAGACUCUAAUUCUCCACUGGUCAGAACUGUUGUGCAAGGGGUGGGAGAUUUAGGAUGGAAGAGUAUGAAAGCCCAGGGAUUCCUUUGUUGGGAUCCCUGCCCGGAGGAGGCACCAGCUUCGGCAAUGAGAUUUUUCUAUAAAAUGAAAUGAAGAGAACAGUGUCUCUCUUUCCACACCUGUCUCCCCCUUCUCCACUAAUGAUUGCUGAUGCCUAAAUAUGAAGUGCCCUGUGAAAAUGUCAGCUGCAAUAUUUUUCCUCUUCAGGAUGUUCUGCAAUAGCUAAUUAAAGUUUUUCUUCUGUUUUGUA